UCCGCAAUCGUGCUCAUCAGGGUACUAAAGCAUCUCCACCUCGGUACGCAAUGCAGUGUAACAUUUCUAUAACACUUCUACACGACCAUUACCAUAAUACAUAAUACAUGGUCCUUCCUCGCAACACAAACUUAUAUUCCAGGACUCCAACAGCAUAUCAUCCCACGCGAAACUGUCCUUUCUUCCGACUCAAUCCACAGCUAUCAAACAUCAUACCGGCCUGCUUAUUUCCUGCGCACUCAAAUAGCCACUAACAACAAUGUGUAACGGCAUCGGGCGCCCCUCGCAAGGCGGCACAAUCGCAACCCUACGGACGCCCACAUCCAGCAGCAGCAGCACCUCCUACGAUAUCUUAUUCACCAACACCACCGACCUAUCCGCCCCUCCUCAGACCUGCGCUACAUUUCGCACGCCGUCGACCGAGUCCCUCCAUGACUGCUGGCUAGUGAUACACCACGACGGCGACCUCUCAGUGCCGCAUCAUGCGAGACAUACACAGCCACUGUAUACAUUUCCAGUACGAUUGGAUAGGCGGAAUAGUAUGGCGCUGCCGGAGGCGCUGCAACUGGGUGUUGGUGGAAAAGGAGUCGUGGGACGGCGGAUGGCGCUUGUGGAAGGCAACGGAGCGAUGGGAUGGAGGGGCAAGGUCCUUGCGGAAGGGGUGAUCGGGUGGAAUUAAACAAGCAUUAAAGCCCGGUAGAAACAGGGAUUAGAGUUGAUAUUGCGACAGAUACCACUGUUUUAGACACUCUUCAAGUGCUGGCGUAUUGUGACGAAUCGGAUGUAUAAUCUAGAUGAGCCACGUGUCUUCGAAGAUCAGUUUGAUCAUGGCACA